AUGAAUUCCCACCACCACGGUCGACCUCCCCCGCCUGGGGUUGUGCGGGGAGUCGAGUCUUCCAACUCUACUGCCAACAAAUUUCUAGGCACCACGCGCAGACCAUGGAUGUUGGGAGAAGUGCCCCCCAGGAGGCAGCCGGCACCAGGGGCUAAUGCGAACAGCACGCCUUCCUCUCUUGCACCCCGGACUCCUGCCCCUACUGCUAGCUCGCCCAGAGAAGAGUCUCAAGCCGGGAUACAACAGUCUAUAUCCCCAGCUUUAGCAUCAUCGAUUGUGCAGAGCGCACAGAGCAUGACCACUGCUGUUUCCUAUGCAGGUCCCGCUCCGGUGUCCCCCAUCACUCCUGGCAGCCAAUUACCUGAGUCCGGACCAGUCUCCUGCAAUUCCUUACCCCUUCAACAGACCUCAGCAGCACCUGAGACAACACCAGGGUUGGCUCAGACCACUGUGCUUCCAUCUCCGGAACCUAGUAAUGGUUCACACACUAGCCCUGCCUGUGCAGCCGAUGGGGACCAAGAGCACAAUCAUCCUGUAGAUGUCGGUCUUUCACCCAGACCGCAGCCGUCACAGCUGCCUGAAGAGGCGGGCGCAGGGGCAGUCAUCCCUACCAGUUCCAUUACCCCAGCUUCAUCAGCUAGGCCCCCUGAGAGGGCAAUCGACCAACCAAGCCUCCAAACUUCGCAGGCUAAUGCCCAUCAUGUCGCUUCAAGUCCUGCUGUAAGAGCCACAGGGCACACAGCCCAAUCUUCAGUAUCGGCCAAUUUAGGCUCCAGUCAACCAUCUCCUAGCACACAAGACCCAUCAUCCUUUUGGCAAAUUGCUAGGAUCCGGCUACAACUGUUCCACAAGGAAUCAACACAACGGGGUAGUCUGUCUGAGACCGUCGACCUACCUCGACUCCGCCUCCUGCAAGACGCAUGUCGCUCCGAGGACAUGUUCUAUCUCGCGCUUCAUCAGGUGUACUGCGUGAGUUCAUACGCCCCCACCCAACUUACCGGCUUAGCCCAAUUUGCCAUCGAAAAGGGCUUUUGGUUGGAGGUGAUCAAGCAACUCCUGAUCGACAAUCAACAACUCUCGGGCAAUUUUCUGCACUGGUGUGUCUACUAUCCAUCACCAUUGCGGUCUAUGCUUGAAAACAAUGACUACAGAAAUGCCCUGCAGCAAGUUGGGCAGACGUUAGCAUUGCUCUCCCAACAUUGGGUCCCCUUCGCGAAACGGCUCCAGUCUCGAUCAUAUCCCCCCCUUGUUGAAGAAUUAGUGAUGCAAUUUGGGGUCACGUCUCCAGUGAUGCAAAAAAUCAUUUUCACCUCAUUAACACGUCACGUUUUUGGAUCUGGCAACGAACAGUUGAUGGAUGCCUGCCUGACUUUAUUUGAUCAGAAUCAAGGCAGUUAUAGGCAGCGACCAACCAGUGCUCCUGUUGAAGAUGUGCGGAGGGAAAUGGAGGCCUUCGUCAGGGCCUAUCGAGCUCUUUCCCGGCAAUAUGCCGUAGCGGCCCACCGACCAGCUCCGAUGAUGGUGUCAGAAGCAGAACGCGCCUCUCAGAUGCAAUCACCACCAAUACAUGUGAACACCAUUCCGGUCAAUGUUCCUCCAGUGAAUAUGCCUCCAGGCACUGCAGUAACACAUCCACAAAUGAGACCAGGCUUGGCAGCAAACUCUGGUGUUGUUCGAUCUAGCAACCCUCUCUCGAAUACAUACACCUCUACAUCGAUACCCCCACCGAGUGCAAUAGUAUCUUCUAACAUGAUGUCAAACAAUCAACCACAAGCACAACGACAGCCGCUGCCACAACAACACGGAUUCAUGCAGCAACGUUCUGCUCCUUACCCUGUCCAAGCAUCAAAUCAACCACCGGUUCACGCCCCUGUUACUUCGGGUGCUCCGCUUCAGGCCACAGGAAUCCACUUCGAUCCACGUUUUCCUUCGCAGCCACAUAUGUACCCUGUUGGACCACCUGUUCAGCACUCCAUGGCUCCACCAGUAUCUACCGGGCCCCAUGUUGCCAAUUACCCAUCCACGAACAAUAUCAAUGGUCAGGGACAAGGAGUUCUGUAUGCCCCCACUCAAUAUCCUCAGGCGUACCCCGCCCCAGGAUUAGGAAGGGGUGCCCCUCAGAAUGUUAUCGCGAACCAGCAACGAAUGUAUGGUUCUCCGCAUGGUGUGCCUUCACAGAUGCCACCCGCAACAUCUACCAUGAGGUUUCCCUCCCAACAGGCCGUGUCUCGGGCCAGACCACCACAGUCUCAGCAACAGGUGCAGAGUGUUCCACUUCUCCCGUCCCCCGGAGUUAUUUCCUCCACCCUACAUCGUAAUCCGACUGUAACUGCCCUCCACCAGCUACAUCUUCGGACGCCCCCCACGAGACUGGUUCGACCAGAUGGAGGAGAGGCCAAAGAUCUAGUUCAGUACCUAUCGGCCUUUGUGAUCAAACCAACUCCUCUCGAAUUCGAGAGGUCUUCUUUCCGGUGGCAGUUCUCCGUCCCUCCUGAUGCAUACAAACGACGCGCUCGCUGGAUUUCGGAACGCGAGGGGGGUCCAGCCCGGAUCCUAUCUAGUGGUGCCCGCACAUAUCGCUUUCGCUGCAUUCAGUUUCAGGAUUCCUCCAAAGUCGAAAAUAUACAUUUUUGGGCUGGUACCGAAUGCCGAUGGCCAACUGCGGUGUACAUCCACGUCAAUGGUGAGGAAGUUUUCGUCCGUCGAUCCUUCCAUCAUGGCAAGGAUCUUCCUGUGGACAUCACACGCUACGUCAAGGAGGGAACCAACGAGAUAUCUCUGAACAUGUUGCGGAGCGAACACGAAAAGUCCAAAGGCACUAAGUAUGCCAUUGCAGUGGAGAUCAUAGAAGUCAAUAGCUCAAGCAGCAUCAGGACGGCCGUCUGCAGACUGCCAGCAGCCGAGUCACGCGAGCAGAUUCGGAAUCGUCUUUCCAUGCACACCGGCGACGAGGACUUGGUUUUCAUGGAUGAUUACAUCACCAUCGAUCUCAGGGAUCCGUUUACUGCGCGUAUUUUUGACACUCCAGUCCGCGGAAGAUCCUGCCUACAUAGGGAGUGUUUCGAUCUUGAUACCUUCCUGCAGACUGUUGUAAUCGCACCAGCGACAGCAGGGAAAAAGUCACCAUAUCUGAAGUGCCCGAUUUGCCGGAAAUUCGCCGCUCCCUCUCUCCUGAUUGUGGAUGAAUUUCUCCUGGAAAUACGAACAGAACUCGAACGGACCCAGAGGCUGGAGCGCACCCGGUCCAUUCGUGUCAAGACAGAUGGGUCUUGGGAGCCUGUUCUGGAAGAGGAGACACCACAACCCAGUAGAAGUGGCAGUGUUGUCCCAGCCAAACGGAAUCGGUCUGAGUUUGAAGCUGACCGGUCUGAGACUGCCAAGGCGGAAAUGGAUCAUGACAAUGCUCCCUCACAGGUUCCUUCUUCUGCACCCGAAGUUAUCGAACUCGAUUAG